AUGCCUUCGAAUCGCCAUGCCGAGUCUUUACCUCCGGGAAAAUGGAAUGCCUUCGUCACCGCGACGAAGGAGAUUCUUGCCUAUUCCCCAUAUCUGUCGGACGUGGAAAAAGCAGGGGACAACAUUAGCUCGCUGCGACAGCAGCUGGCGAAGAUGCAGCAAGAUCUGAAGGAGAAGCAGCGGGAGCUUGAUGAAGCCAACGCCGUACGAUCGCGUCUGCAUGACGACUAUGACAGUCGGUACAGCACGUGGCGAGUCCGAGAGGCUGAGCUCCAGGACGAGCUGCAGGAAACACAUUCAAGGGCUCAAACAAUCCGCGCGAAUGAGGUGCAGGAUUUGCAGACGCAGCUGAUGACGAACAAGGGUGCUCUUGACCAAACGCGACAGCAACUUCAGGAGGCGCAGACAUUACUGGUCAAUUAUAGAGCUCAGAUAAAGGACUCCAAAGACCUGGCGGAGAGCCGGGAACGGGCGCUUGGAUUGACAGAUCUCGACGAGGACUUUGAACAUGAACUCGAACAAUUGUCCCAGCAGCUCUACAAGCUGUCGCAGCGAUACUUUGCCCGCGACCUGCCGCAGGAGGCCAACCGAGACGAUGUGUAUCAGCGCCUGUGGCAAUCGAGCUUCAUGAGCGUGUUUUCCGGUCCGAUCGCCAUCUCCAAUUCCUCAGCGUCCAAGCACAUGCGCGCCGCCGCGGUCGAAUCCUUGAUCGCCAAUGAACUGGUCAAAUCCAUCUUCCAGGAUCCCAGCGUCGUCCGACAAGGACGCGUCCCGCGUGACUUGCUGGAUCGACUUGCGCACCACCCGCUGCAAGAGGGCGUCAUGCGUUCGCUGAUCUUGAAGGCUUAUGCGUUCGAAGAGACUCAGGCACGCGUCCAGAGCGUUCGCAGAGCAACCACUGACGUGCUCGGAAUGGCCGCGCCUCUUUUGUCCGAUACCGACCGCGAUCUAUUCGCACGGGAUCUGUCGGCAUAUCUCGAAACGACGGCGGAUCUGUGGGAAAGACGCCUGCGCAGUGAGGAAGACAUCAGCGUGUCAAUCAAUCUUCGUCAGGAAAACACGACCUGGCGCAUGCGUGGCGAGUCCCCCGAGGGAGACCCGUCGGAUGGUGCAGCUCCAAUCAUGGUGCUGUUCCCACGCAUCUGUCGAGAAAGAGAUCAGAAGCUGUUGUGCGAAGGGGUGGCGCUAUGGUCCGAUCAGCCGUUCGUCAACGCGGCACAGAUCGAGGCGCAGGCGCAAGCCACGCGGAUACCAGCGACUCUGAAAAUCUCACGCGGGGCCAGCGUAGCCAGUCGACGACGGCAAAGCACCAGUAUGCCAUCCGAAUCCUCGAACAAUAGGGACGUGGCGAGAAGCUCAGCAGGAAGCACAAGUCCCACCGAUCGAACGUUCGCGGGUCGAGCGAACCGAGCCAAGAAAGACGGUUCCACGGCGUAG